GGAGUGCAGUCAUCAUGGACGCUUAAAGCGGGAGAGUGUGCAGGUACGCCGGUCCCUGAACGCAUCUUCAACUUGGUGGCGCCGUGCACUUUUUUUCCCCCGUUGCUGUACUUUUUAGUUUUGAAUGUUGCCCACUGAGAUCUCAGCAGUGUGUUUCACCUCCAGCGAGCACACUGAGGCGAGAAAAGAAGGCAUGAAAACGGAGGAGAGUCCACAGUCGUGUCUGCAGCAGCCUCCAUCCUCCACACCUUUUGUUGGUCCAGAGUACCCGGGCGGCGGUGCAGGAGAGGUGUGCGCAGAAGUGUGCGCAGGCUGCGACUCUCCCAUCGCCGACCGCUUCCUGCUGCGCGUCAACGAGCGCUCGUGGCAUGAGACGUGCGUGAAGUGCACCGUGUGCAUGAGUGCUCUCACCGGGACUUGCUACUGCCGGGACCGCCUGCUCUACUGCAAGCCCGACUAUGAGAAGCUGUUUGUGAGGAAGUGCAGCGCCUGCCUGCAGGGGAUCGGCCGCUCGGAGCUGAUCAUGCGCGUGCUGGGCCAGGUGUACCACCUGGGCUGCUUCAGCUGCUGCGAGUGCGAGCGCCGGCUGCAGCGAGGCGACGAGUUCGUGUUGAAGGAAGGCCAGCUGCUGUGCCGCAUGGACUAUGAGAAGGAGAGGGAGAUGCUGGCCGCCAUCAGCCCGGCACCCACUGAAUCAGUCAAAAGCGAGGAUGAGGACGGCGGCGGCGUGGGCUCAGGCGGGGGCAAAGGUGGCGACGAAGGCAAGGAGCACAAGCGCUCCAAGCGGCCGCGCACCAUCUUGACCACGCAGCAGCGGCGGGCUUUCAAGGCCUCGUUCGAAGUGUCUGCCAAACCCUGCCGUAAAGUGAGAGAGACGCUGGCGGCCGAGACCGGGCUCACGGUACGGGUGGUGCAGGUGUGGUUUCAAAACCAGAGGGCCAAGAUGAAGAAGAUCGCCCGCAGGCAGCAGCAACAGCAGCAGCAGCAGCAGGAACAGGAACAGCUGGGCGGGGCCAGGAGGGGGGGAAACCGAGGGGGUCGCCAAAGCAACGACGACAGCGAAGAUGGCUCCAGCAGCCAUGGCAUGGACGGCAUGCUGGGGUACGCUUCUCUGCCCAGACAGCAGCUCCUCACCCUGGACCCCAACAUCUACGGAGGGGAGCCGUUCAGACACGGCCUUACUCCACCUCAGCUGAACAACGAGGGGCUCCAUCCCUAUGACUCCGAGGCGGUGUUCCACGACCUGGACAGCGACGGAAGCCUGGGUCACCUUGGCGACUGUCUCCUGGCCAGCGGGGAGGGCGGCCUCCUGGCGGGGCGAGUGGGGAACCCCAUCGACCGUCUCUACUCCAUGCAAAACUCCUACUUCACCUCGUGACCUUUACAAACUCUCCGCCUCCAACCCCUCACAGAUGCAGCUAGUGGCAGUGUGUCCGUCCACAUGCCUGACGGGAAAGAAAAAAAGAAGAAGACCCGACCAAAGUCAAGGAAAGAUUAGUUGCCAUCAUCCCCUUCCUGGACCACAAUCCCUUGCUGGGACCAGAGACUCUUUUCUUUUGUGGCAUUUAUGUCAUGUGGAAGAGAACAUUGCACUUUCAAAAAGACACGCCAAACAUGCAGAUUCGUAAAAACAACAUAGAUGAUCUUUGAUUAGUGUUUUUGCAGGUAGGGCCUCGUAUAGAGGAUCUUUGACUGGAAUGUUAGGCAGAAAAUUCUUAAAAACAGAAGAGUUCUCCUGUCAUAUAAAAGAUAUUUGAUGAGCGUUAUGGCAGGUUGUGAAAACAACACAGCGCUCCUGUCGUAUAAAGGAUCUUUGACUAGCGUUAUUAGCAGGUCUUUGAAAACAGCAGAGCACGCCUGUCGUCUAAAGAAUCUUUGAUUGGUGUUAUUGGCAGGUUUUUGAAAAUAUAGAGCGCUCCUGUCAUUUAAAGGAUCUUUGAUUAGCGUUAUUGCAGGUUGUAAAAACAACACAGCGCUCCUGUCGUCUAAACUAGGAUCUUUGACUAGCAUUAUGGGCAGGUUUUUGAAAACAGCAGAGCGCUCCUGUCGUUUAAAGGAUCUUUGACUCGCAUUAUUGUCAGGUUUUUGGAAACAGCAGAGCGCUCCUGUCGUCUAAAAAAUCUUUGAUUCGGUUAUUGGCAGGUCUUUGAAAACAGCAGAGCGCUCCUGUCGUUUAAAGGAUCUUCGACUAGCAUUAUUGGCAGGAGGUUCUCAAAAACAGAAGAGCGCUCAUCUCAUAUAGAAUAUCUUUGAUGAGCAUUAUUGGCAGAUUUUUGAAAACAACAGAGCGCUCCUGUCGUUUAAAGGAUCUCCGACUAGCAUUAUUGGCAGGUUUUUGAAAACAGCAGAGCGCUCCUGUCGUCUAAAGGAUCUUUGAUUUGCAUUAUUGUCAGGUUUUUGGAAACAGCAGAGCGCUCCUGUCUAAAAAAUCUUUGAUUCGCGUUAUUGGCAGGUUUUUGAAAACAGCAGAGCGCUCCUGUUGUUUAAAGGAUCUUCGACUAGCAUUAUUGGCAGCAGGUUCGUAAAAACAGAAGAGCGCUCGUCUCAUAUAGAAUAUCUUUGAUGAGCAUUAUUGGCAGGUUUUUAAAAACAGCAGAGCACUCCUGUCGUUUAAAGAAUCUCUGAUGAGCGUUAUUGGCAGGUUUUUGAAAACAGCAGAGCCCUCCUGUUGUUUAAAGCAUCUUUGACUAGCAUUAUUGGCAGGUCUUUCAAAAUAGCAAAGCGCUAGGGUCAUAAAAAGGAUCUUUGAGAGAAAAAAACGUUCCUGAUAUGUAAAGGAUCUUGGACUAGCGCUACUGGCGGUAGAGCACUCCUGUCGUAUAAAGGAUCUUUGACUAGCAUUUUAGGCAGCAGGUUCUUAAAACAGCAGAGCGCUCCUGUCAUUUAAAGAAUCUUUGACUCGACAUAUUGUCAGGUUUUAAAAAAACAGCAGAGCGCUCCUGUUGUUUAAAGGAUCUUUGACUAGACGUAUUGUCAGGUUUUUAAAAACAGCAGACUUGCUCCGGUCGUUAAGGAUCUUGGACUAACGGCAUUGGCAGGCUCUUAAAAACAGCAGGGCACUCCUGUUGUACAGAGGAUCUUUGAGUAGUGUUUUUGCAGUAGGUUCUUAAAAACAGAAGAGCUCUUCUGUCAUUUAAAGGAUCUUGGAUCAGCGUUUUUGCAGUAAGUCUUGAAAAAAACAUCAGAGCGCUCGCUCCUGUCAUUUGGAGGAUCUUCUCUUUCCUUGCUCGGAGUGAAUUCCCCCCACAGAUGCUUUUAUAUGUUUUUUUGUUUGUUUUCGGAUGAAGAGUGAGUAGUAAUGUAGCGGAGGCGAUACUUUAAAAUGAUGGUGAGUACAAUCUUGCUCUCAGGUUUGUACGUUUAUGUUUGCGUUACCUGAGUCUCGAACCAGGAUAGUACACUGGAUACUAAUAAGGCGUAGUCGAAUAUUUAUUUACACAUUUUUGAAGCAGCCGUCCUUUAUGUCUUCAUCUUGGCAGCAUGACUGGAUUAUUCCAGACCAAAAUAAUAAUGUGAUCACCACUACGCUACAGGGUCACUUCUAAGGAGUCUUAUACGGAGACAGGGUUGUACGAGACACUUUCCUUUUUUCUUUUAUAAUUAAAUUCUAAAAAAGCUAAGAAGUAAAAAAAAAAAAAAAAAAAACACAAUAUAAAGCUCCAAAUGUGAAAGUGUUAUAACUAGUCUCUAUCUACCCUCAUGUCUUUCCCUGACAGCUCAAGUUACACAGUGUAGAUAUUUUGUACGUUCUUCCGCCAAAAGUUUGGACACACAAUGCGUUUUCUUUAUUUUCAUGACUAUUUACAUUGUAGAUUGUCACUGAAGGCAUCAAAACUAUGAAUGAACACAUGUGGAGUUAUUUACUUGGCAAAACAAAAAAGGUGAAAUAACUGAAAACAUGUUUUGUAUUCUAGUUUCUUCAAAAUAGCCACCCUUUUGUUAUGUUUGCUGAGGGGAGGUGACGGCAACAGACACCAGGGGCCUGUAAUGUUCAAUAAUGUAUUAUAUUUAUAUAUAUAUAUUCAAUAUAUAUAAUAAUGCUAAACAAUACUAACUAAUAAACUAAGCUAAAGAAAUGGAGUGUGACAAAAUCCAAGAGUGCGUAUGGUGUAAGACUAUGUGUGUAGCUUAGCCGAGGUGUGUGUUACCGAGGGUUGUCGAGAGCGACGGAGCACGGAAGUCCGUGGGGCAGGAAGACGAUCCAGGGGGCGGAAGCGGGGUCGAGAGGCAGGAACGAGUCGUCGUAGCCCGGGGCAUACUUGCCAA